UAAAGUCCGUCCGAAGAUGGACUUGGAAGGCUUAUCGGCGAUAUGCUCUGAUCUUGGAAUUGCAGAAGAGGAUGACCAUGGCAACCGGAUCGGUUACUCAAAGAGCAAGUACUGCUUAGAUAAUUUGAAAGAUUUGCUAAGGUUUUUGAGGCGUGAUGACCCACAGAAUCGGGAUGUUUUUAAACAAGUCUGUAAAUGGAAGAUUGUGGAUCAGGAUUUGGUACCCAUUAUUGAACACUGCCAAGAUGACACCAACUUGGUUUUAAAUGCAGUGAAGGUUCUUGUGUUCCUAACUAUGCCAAUUGAGCCUUCGUCAAACGACAUUUUACAACAGAUAGACUUUCUAUGGAGGUUGAAGUCUUCAAUUACGUCCAGUGACAUUAUUGCAGUUAUAGUAUCACUUCUGGAAAGCCCACUAGAAAAUUUGGAAAGUGAUGUGUUCACGGAGGAUGACUGGAAAUUGGUGCAGCUGGUACUUACUUUAUUCCGAAACAUUUUAGCUGUUCAGGAAAUUUCACUACAGCAGAAGGCUGGGGGAACUGCCAGUCAAUUUGAAUCACUCAGAGAUAGAUUUCUGGAACUUUUGUUUCAUGAGAAUGUGAUGGACUUAGUUUUGGUCAUAACCCAGCAUAUUGGGGAUUCCUGUAGCUAUCUCUGUCAAGAUAACUUGCUUUUAUUGGAGAUUUUUCAUUACGUAUUUAUGGGUCAAGAGCCAGAGUUGAUUGCAAACGUAUGUUCAAAAGGUCCUAAGGUGGAUGGAGGAGACACCACAGGUUCUCUAAAUAGUCUCAAGUCUAUAAUGGAAGAAGAAGAAGAAGAGAAAAAAAGACUUUCUAGACUACGCAACAUGGGUCGUCAUUCACAUUUUAGCGGAACAUUUACCCAGCUUACUUUGGAUGGUUCUAAGGCAGUCUUGAAGGGAAAACCUACUUCUGCCUCUUGUAAUACCUUGCUUAAACCACAUAGUCGUAGGGGUCCAAUAAAAAAGAUUGCUUGGGAUCAUGGGACAUUGCCUUCAACGAAGGAUGAGAUUUUAGAAUUGCUUCAUGAUUUCUCAAUUCGCGCGGAUACUGAAAAGGAACACCACGCAAUUCAGAACAGUGAUGUCAUUAUCUUCUUUCAGGUUGCUCAGUUUGUUACUUCUUUCCAAUAUCACAAGUCUUCAAUUUCUAAGCCAAGCAUCGGUGCAGAAGCAGACACAACUGAAGCUCCCACCCAUAAAGAUGCUGAUAUCACAUUCUUCAGAGGUGAUGUAUGUGGACCCAUCGCAGCAUCAAUGAAUGAGUCAAUGUUCCAACUAGUCAUUUCAAAGUGGCGUUAUGCAUUUGAUGGCUUGAAGGAAACACAUGACUACAAGUUUCUGUCUGCAGCUGGUUCUCUUUUGAAAAUUAUGAUUCGAAUGCUAGAUUUGGUGCUUAAGUUAUUGCCAGAGAACUCCAAGGAGCCUCAAACGGCCCGCAUACUUCUGUACAAGUUAUUUUAUGACCAGACUGACGAGGGGAUGACUCAUUUCCUGAUAAAUUUGCUAAAAGCAUUUGAUACUCACAAACAACCCAGAAGUGAUCUUGCAGAUCUGGUAGAGAUGGUUUAUAAAGUUUUACGACUAAUGGAAAACCUUCAAGCAUGUGGAACUUUGAGGGUUUCUAAAAAAUCAAGGAAGGCAAGGAAGAAAAGAAUACUGAGUGAGAAGGAAACAGAAAAUAAACUCAUAGGAGAACAUGCUACCACUCAGAAAGAGAUCGGCAUCUCCAAUGGUGAACGUUCAACAGAUGUGAGUGUGACAGCGAACAGAAGCCUAACCACAAGUUCUAAUGGGAAAGAAGACAUCAAUAUCCCUGCUCAGCCUGAUGAAUGCAAAAUAUCGUUUUUGGAGACAGAAAACCUCCAAGACAGUCUGGCACAUAUAGAUUGCAAAACUUCUGAUGAUGCCAAUGGUGAUCUUUGUUAUAGCACCGGUGAUUCUUCUGCUGAUGAGCAGGUAGCUGCAACUGAUGAAGUUGAUUUUAAGGUGUCAAAUUUGAUUUCUGCUUUUUCAAACAACAACAUCAUCCAGAAAUUGUGUUGGUUGCUUAAGUUUUAUAAGAGUAAUUUGACCAGUACAAAUCACUACAUAGUAUGCAUGCUGCGAAGGAUCAGUGAUGACCUCGAGCUCUCCCCAAUGCUGUAUCAGUUAUCACUUCUCACUACAUUCUAUGACAUCCUAGUUGAGCAAAAGUCAUCUCCAUGCAAGGCAUAUGAAACCAUUGUUGAUUUUUUGACAAAUUUGGUCAGGAAAAUGCUCAAAAAGAUAAAAAAUCAACCCCUACUUUUUGUGGAAAUUCUCUUCUGGAAGACUCGCAAAGAAUGCCAUUACAUUAAUGCUGAGUAUUUAUUGCAUGAGCUUGGCCAUUUGAAGAAAGAAAGUAGAAACUGGGCAAACAGUUUAGGGGAUGAAGAAAUUGGUCAGUCACUGGACAAGGGAUGGACAAGUAGAAGCAUAGCUGAUGCACUUGGUGAAGACGAAGCUGAUGUUGUGCUCUCUCAUGAGCUUGGACAUGAGAAUGGGGGCCAGGCAAUAGAGAAUGAAACUGAAAAGGUUUCUAGAAAAAACAAGCGACUUGUUAUUGGGGCUGAACUGGAGAUGAAAAUUAAGGAUCUGUAUGAGAAAUUCAAGGAUGACCAGAACUGUAGUCAUCUUAUUGCUAAAGCUCUUGAUCCUGAUGGUAGAGUUUCGCCAGCACAAAUUUCCAACAAGCUUAAACUGCUUGGACUGAAAGUUAUCCGAAGGAAAAGACUGCGCCAUGCUCAAGAAUCUGUUUCCACUGGGCCUAGUCAAAUUGAUGGAGAUGGAAGAGUAGUAAAAGCAGUUAAUUCUCAUUGUGAAUCAAACAGUCAGCCGCUGCACACGAGAAAAAGAGUCUGUGCCUUCAGUGAAGAUCAGGAGACUAACAUUAGAUCUCUAUAUGAGCAAUUUAAAGACCAUAAACGGUGCAGCCACAUGAUUGCAAAUGCAAUGGACGGUGAUGGUAAAUUCACAGCUUCUCAAGUUUCUCGUGAGCUUAAGCAGCUUGGUUUAUAUAUUAUUCCUCGGAAGAAGAGGUCCGCAGCCGGCAUGUUGAGAGAUGAGGAUCUUAAUGACUCUAAUACAAACAAAGAGCAUGACUCUGAUGAUGAGACGCUGUUAUCAUUAAUGAAAAGGGGCAAAAAGGAUCAUAGCAGAUUCAGUGAAGAGUUACUAGAGCAGACUACUGGACGAAAAGUGUCGGAAGAUGAUUCUGAUGAUGAAAUCCUAAGCUCUGUUCUCAAGAAAACUAGGAGACCGCUUUCCAAGCCCAUGGAUCAAAACUCUGCAGCCAUCUCAAUUCAGGGAACAUCAAGCAGUAAUGCUUUGGAAGAUGGGGUUGACGAAGGCUCUGCCUUCAAGCAUGUUAGCCCGAAUGGCACGGGAGAAGCUGAAGUCAGAGGCACCGGCACUGGCACUGGCAUUCCAUUAGAUGCUGGACCUGCGAAAAAUUUGGAGGAUUUGCAACAUGAGCAAAUGGACAAUGACUUGGUGGAUUCAGGGGAUGAAAUGAUUCAUGGUGCAUUGCCAGAGAGUGGCGUAAGCAGAAGGAAGUUGAGGAUGGUACUUGAAGAUGAAGAUGAUGACUGA